GUUCCCAUGAAUUCCCUAAAUCACCCCUCCAUCUCUUGCUCGCAUAAGAAGGUAAAUGUGGAAUUUUGUUAUUCCUGGACUCCAAAUUCCAAAACUAACCCCGAGGUGACAUAAUCCCAUCGCCCGCCACCGAACUGGAACCCUAAUAUCCCUUAUCUUCCCACCCGCGCCCCGCGACCGAGCCAUGACCUCACCGUUCGCUUUCCUCUCUGUCCGCCGCCGGCGGUCUCCCCUCUCCGGCAUGUUCUUCGCACCCGGCGACCUCGCGGGCUUCGCCCUCGUGCACGCCCUCGCUGCCCUCUCCGCGGAUGUCGCCCGCUGCCCCUCCAGAUUCCAGCGCUGCAACGCGCGGUCCCUCGUCCGCAGGCUGCGCAUCCUGUCUGCCCUCUUCGAAUUCCUCGAGGAGUCCUUCGCCUCCUCUCCUUCCUCCCCCCUCCCGCCGCGGUUUCCCUCCUCGGCGGCGCUUUGCCUCAAGGAGCUCUACAUCUUCGUCUACCGGUCCAAGAUCCUCCUCGAGUACUGCUCCCAGUCGAGCCGGCUCUGGCUUUUGUUGAGGAACCCCCAAAUCUCCGGCAGCUUCCACGACCUCGCCCGGGAACUGGCCACGCUUCUCGACGUCAUCCCUCUCGACGAUCUCCUCCUCACCGUUGACAUUCGCGAGCAUCUCGAGCUCCUCCGGCGGCAGUGCAAACGGUCCGAGCUUUUUAUCGACCCCUAUGACGAGGAGCUCCGCCGCAAAAUCCACUCAUUCUUGCGUCGGCUGGAGACCGGCGUGCUGCCGGAUCCGGCGGAGCUCCGGAGCACGUUCGUCGACGGUCUGGGUAUCCAGGAUGCCAGGGCUUUCCGGACCGAGAUUGAGUUCUUGGAAGAGCAGGUCUUUAAUCAAGAGGAAGACAUGGAUCUGCCCGUCGUCGGUGGAGUCAUUGCGCUCACCCGGUAUUGUAGAUUCUUGUUUUUUGGGUUCCAAGAAAUGGAAUUCGGAAGGCCUUUCGGCGAUCAAGGUAGGAUAUCAAGGAGGCGAUUGUCGAGUCUUGGGAGUAGUGUAAGCCAGGGAAGUGCUGAUUUCUCGUUGACGAUCCCCAAGGACUUCUGCUGCCCGAUAUCGCUCGAUCUGAUGAAGGAUCCGGUGGUCGUUUCCACCGGCCAGACCUACGAUCGCGCUUCCAUCACUCAGUGGAUCGAAGAAGGGCAUCGAACUUGCCCUAAUUCCCGCCAGACGCUCGCGAACAGCCGGCUCAGGCCAAACAGAGCUCUCAGAAACCUGAUUUCCCAGUGGUGUGCUGCUUAUGGAAUCCCGUACGGAACUCCCGAGGGCACGGGCACUUCAGCUGAGAGCACUGUGGCAGCAUGUAGCAGCAAGGCAGCAAUCGAAGCAAACAGAGCCACAGCUAGAAUUUUAGUGCAGCAGCUGUCUGCUGGUUCACAGGAAUGGAAGACCGUCGCUGCCCGUGAACUCCGGUUGCUGGCGAAGACCGGGAAGGAGAACAGGUCGUUAAUUGCUGAGGCUGGGGCCAUCCCUCUCCUAUGCCGACUGCUCCAUUCCACAAACCCGGUUGCUCAAGAGAAUGCAGUGACUGCGAUACUGAACAUAUCUAUUCACGACAGUAACAAGAGAUGGAUCAUGGAGGAGGAAGGAUGUUUGAAAUUGAUUGUUUAUGUUAUGAUACAUGGAUUGACUACCGAGGCAAGGGAGAAUGCGGCAGCCACAUUGUUCAGCUUAUCUGCUGUUCACGAGUUCAAGAAAAUGAUUGCUGAUGAGCAGGGUGCUGUGAUGGCAUUGGCCAAUUUGCUGAUGCAGGGAAGCACAAGAGGGAAGAAAGAUGCUGUGAUGGCCUUGUUCAAUCUUUCGACCCACCCUGGAAGCUGGUCUCCCAUGUUGGACAUGGGAGCUGUUUCAGCGCUGGUGGGAGCACUGAGAGACGAAUGUGUGGCCGAAGAGGCUGCAGGUGCUCUGGCAUUUCUCAUGAGGCAGCCUUUUGUGGCGCAGACAAUUGGUGGUGAGGACACUGCAAUCACAAACCUGGUGGGAAUAAUGAGGAGAGGAACCCCGAAGGGGAAGGAGAAUGCAGUUGCAGCUUUGCAGGAGAUGUGCCAAAGUGGUGGUUUGGCUGUAACACAAAAGGUAGCCAGGAUGCAAGUGUUGAGUGGCUUGAUUCGGACCAUCUCGUUAACUGGGACAAAGAGGGCCAGAAGAAAGGCUGCAUUACUUUCUAAGUUGUGCCAGAGAUGUGAGGCACCUACAGCCAUGGCAUUUGGAAAUGACUGGCUUGCGGAUCGGACAUUAGCGAGAACCAACUCCGUGAGGGGUUCCAGUUUCCGCAGCGGGAACCUAUCAGUCUCUGUGUCCAUGACCAUUCAAGUACCUGUGCUGUAGCUUCGAUGUUCAUUCCACAGCGGGAACCUAAGCCUGUUGGAAAGAUUCUUGUAUUUACGCUUGGGUAAAAUUGCCGGCAAGAGACCAAUUGAUACUGUUGUAUGUAUGUAUGUACCAUGUAAUACAUGCUCUGUAAAUAAUGGUGCAACUUCCUGCGUGUUUAGGUUAUGCCAUCAUUUGAUAGAUGCUUGCAAGCAUUGAUACGGUUAGAUUACGAUAGCAUUGGUGGAAAACUGUGUUGUUCCUUUGUGAAAUAGUAGGAAUUGGGGAGCUGAAAUCUGAUGCUGCUCAUUUCCAAACAGUGCUGUGAAGUACAAGAUUACUGAUUGCUUUUGUUGAA